AUGGAGAGAGGAGUGGAAAAGAUUGUGACAGCAGUGAAGUUUUUACAGAAUCCACGAGUCCGCCAAAGUCCUCUUGCAACCAGGAGAGCGUUUCUGAAGAAGAAAGGCCUGACAGAUGAAGAAAUUGACCUGGCUUUCCAGCAGUCGGGCACAAGCACGGAUGAGCCACAAUCCCCAGGUCCUUCUACCCAGCUGGUGCCAACUCAGCCCGCUCACCCUGUGGUGUAUAGUCCACCAGGCUCCAGAUGGCGAGAUUAUGGGGCUUUGGCUAUCAUAAUGGCAGGAAUUGCCUUUGGAUUCCACCAGCUCUACAAGAAAUACCUGCUUCCUCUCAUCAUGGGAGGCAAAGAAGACAGGAAACAACUUCAGAGGAUUGAGUCAAACAUUUCUGAGAUGAGUGGCAGUGUGACACAGACAGUGACUCAGUUACAGACAACUUUAGCCGCUGUCCAGGAACUGCUAAUCCAGCAACAACAGAAAAUCCAGGAGCUCACCCAAGAACUGGCUGCUUCUAAGGCCACAACUUCCACCAACUGGAUUCUGGAGUCGCAGAAUAUUAAUGAAUUGAAAUCUGAGAUCUACUCGUUAAAAGGACUUCUCCUGAACCGGAGGCAAUUUCCUCCCUCCCCUUCGGCUCCAAAGAUCCCGUCAUGGCAGAUCCCAGUGAAGCCAAGCUCACCCUCCAACCCUGUUGUUGCCAACCAUAAUAGCAGCAGUGACAUCUCACCCGUCAGCAAUGAGUCUACCACCUCAUCGCCAGUCAAGGAGAACCACAGCCCUGAGGGUUCGAAGGUCAGCUGCCAUCUGCUGAGCACGGAGGAGGGCAACAAGGCAGUGAUUGACGUCAAGAGCCAAGUGCGGAUGGAGGUGCAGGGUGAGGAGGAGAAAAGGGAAACCAAAAGGAAUGAAGAGGAGGAAGAGGACGAUGAGGAUGAUGAUGUUAGCCAUGUGGAUGAGGAGGAAUGUCUGGGUGUCCAGACUGAGGACCGGCGAGGAGGGGAUGGUCAGAUUAAUGAGCAAGUGGAAAAGCUACGAAGACCUGAGGGGGCCAGCAAUGAGAAUGAGAUUGACUAAGGCACCCUGGCUUCUGCUGCUGCUGCUGUACAUCUUCCCUAGCCUCCUGCACUGUCCCCGGUGCCUCUCCCAUUUUGUGGAGAGAAGUGCCACCAUCCCCUCCAGUGAUUCUCCCAUGAUUGACCUUGAGCAGGGUCAUGACUACCCAGUGAACAAGGUGGGCCCUGUUUCACCACAGGGCUUUGCAGUGGCUUCUUCUCCCCUCCCAGACCCACAUUCUCCCCAUGAGCUGGGGUCACUGCCUAGGCUGGAAGACCAAUCGCCUUAUCAUGCACCACAGCUACAGAAUAAGUCCUCUUAUAAAAGCACCAUCUCUCCUGAAACAGUCAGCCUCUUCGCUGCAUCCUAGGGUCCUUCUAUCCAAUUUCAGAAACCAAGUCUGUCCUGAGCAAUUUGAUUUCACAAGCCUUUA